CUCCGUAUUACAAAGAACCACAGCAACGCUGAACUACGCAAAAUACUACUCAGAUUGUCUGAAGAAUACUUCAAUUCAAAGCCAGAAGAAAGAGUUGCUGCAACUUUUAACAAAGAAUAUUGUGAACAACUCAACAAAGUUCUUGCAGACUUUACCAAACUACAAAAAGAAACACCUGACCCAUUCGAAUUAGGUGACACAAUUGUCAACUAUUUUCCAACAAUAACAAAGAUAAUGUUUGACAGAACUAUAUGUCAGCUUAUUGAAAGUCUUCCACCCAAAGCUGCAAAAAAAGUCGAACAGUUUUGGGUCGAAUUCAAAUUAAAGAGUUACGGAUAUCAGGAUGACGAAGAAGAACGUGAGUACGGACAAGAAACAGCAAAAUGGCAAUGUCUUAGCUCACUCAACCCCAAGUUCAAACCAUUAUUUUACUCAGACAACAACACAAUUCAAGUACGCAAAAUUGCUAUUCAUUUCGUUAACCAAGCAGAAGACAUUGAAGAAGGAGACUCUAUCUCAGUUUAUGUUUGCUACUGCAAGUUUUUCAAGGACGAAUUUGGAGGACCAAUUCUCAUGCAUGUCUUCAAGCCACAUCAGCAACUCUACGUUGAAACUGAAAUAACACUCAUGCAUGGAAUGUAUCUCAAGUUUGAAAGCCAAUUGGAAAACACAUACAACAUUUGGCUUUCAUACAUUCAGUUCGAUACACCAGAUGACUUUGAUGUUGAAGAAGAAGACUCUACUCAAGAAGAUGAACCACAAGACGCACCUGAUGAUGACGAAUUUGUACCCGAAGAAGAAGAAGAAUAUCAUUCAAGAACACCAUCAGAAGACGACCAACAAAUGGCAGAUGCAAUGGACAGUCAAGUUCCAUGA